AUAUAUAUAUAACAGGUAUUUAGAAGGAUUACAAGGUUUGCUCUCAAUGAAUAAAACCAAGCGAAAGUUAUCAAACCACAUAUUCUUUGAAGUCCUUGAAUGCAAUGCACAAGUGAAAGGUGUUUCAAUAUAACUUGAUCUGCAUUAAGUACAGGUAUUCAUUAUACUCUUAAAAACUUUCCAUUCUGUUUAAAGAAUAAAAUAAUUAAUCGCAAUGAAAUUGUACUCUGUAUCCGAUGGUCCACCAUCUCUUGCAUGUCGUCAAGCGCUAAAAGCUUUAAACAUUAAAUAUGAAUUGGUUGACGUAGAUUUUGGGAAAGGUGAACAUAUGACUGAAGAAUAUGAAAAGCUUAAUCCUCAAAAAGAAAUACCUGUUUUAGUUGACGAUGAUCUUGUAAUGGGAGAAAGUAAUGCCAUUUUACAAUAUCUCGGUGAUAAAUACGACACUUUUGGUAAAUUAUAUCCAAAGGAUCCACGAGAACGUGCCAUUGUAAAUCAUCGUCUUUGUUUCAAUCUAGCUUAUUAUUAUCGUAAUAUCUCUGAAUAUGUGAUGGCACCAAUAUUUUUCGACUAUGAAAGAACUCCGUUGGGUUUGAAGAAAGUAAAAAUGGCUUUAGAUAUUUUCAAUAAAUAUUUACAAAAUGAAAAUACAAUUUAUGCUGCUGCUAAUUGCUUGACUAUAGCAGAUUUUCCAUUAAUCACUAGUACCAUGUGUUUAGAAGCAAUUUCUUUUAAAUUGGAUCAAUGGCCUUACGUCGAGAAAUGGUACAACAAUUUUAAACAAUCUUAUCCAGAUUUAUGGUCAAUCGCAGAAGGUGGUAUGAAGGAGAUAAGUUAUUUUGAAAAAAAUCCACCUGAUUUAUCCAACAUGGUUCAUCCUAUUCAUCCAAUUCGAAAGAACAUCAAGUAAAUGUUACUAAAAUCUCUCUUUUGCACAAAUGAAUCAAUUAUUUUCAUUUCUUAUUAAUAAAUUAUAUUUAUUAUUGAAUUAUAUAAUUUAAUAUUAUAUAU